GAUCUUGUCACUCAAGAGAGAGAGUGAGAGGAAGGGCGGUUUCACCCAUAUUGACCAGAAGUUGUCAAUACUUCUUCUCACAAUGGCUUCUCGCAGAGCAGUUCUCUCUCUGCCGCUCCGAGCGAGGCCAUGCACACAAACACUCUCCGUUUAUCGGCAUCUGCAGCAAAGGCCUGAAUCAACAUCCUCUUCCACCGCAGCACUGGCAUACAAGGCCCUCCACCGCCGCAUCUCACCUCUCCCAACCUCAGAUGCGCCUCCGGCCUGGUCAGCACAAGCAGCCGUCUCCAACAUCCUCUACGAGACUCCCUCUCCCUCAGUCACACCCCCCAAGCGCCAUGUCCUGAACUGCCUCGUGCAAAAUGAGCCCGGAGUCUUAUCUCGUGUGUCCGGGAUCUUGGCAGCUCGGGGUUUCAACAUCGACUCUUUGGUCGUCUGCAACACCGAGGUUGAGGAUCUCUCCCGCAUGACCAUUGUGCUUUCUGGCCAGGACGGAGUCGUUGAGCAAGCACGCCGCCAACUCGAAGACUUGGUCCCCGUCUGGGCUGUCCUGGACUACACCGACGCGCCAUUGGUGCAGCGUGAACUCCUGCUCGCCAAGAUCAACAUCCUCGGCCCUGAGUACUUCGAAGAAUUACUGGCACAUCACAGGGAAAUUACCGCAGGUGGCGGAGAGGAAUUGGAAGGCCAUGAAGAAUGGGCCGCGAAACAAGCGGAGACAAAGGAUUUCCACCCGAGCAAGCUGGUCGCCAGUCAGGCAUUGAGACAUAAGCAUGAGCAUCUGAAAUCCAUUACGUAUUUCACGCAUCAGUUCGGAGGGAAGGUGCUGGAUAUCAGUACGAAUAGCUGUACUGUAGAGGUAUCGGCAAAGCCAACCAGGAUCGACUCCUUCAUGAAGCUAAUUGCUCCCUUCGGUAUCCUCGAAUCGGCUCGAACAGGUCUGAUGGCUCUGCCGCGCUCGCCUCUCUACGGUCCCGACGACCAAGAGAUCUUGAAAGAAGCUGAUGACGUUGUUGACGCUAGCACCCUGCCCCCGGGAUAAAUAUGUCGCUAAUGUGGAAAAUGGUUGUUUCUUCAAUGGAAUGGGGUUGG